UGUCAAGACCGCGGUAAUUCACGGAGCCUCAGAACAAAAAGAUGCUGCCGUCCAUUGCAAGAAUCGAGGCUAGGAAAUCUCCUAUGCUCACAAGCAGGAUACGCCAAUUCGCGCCCUCUCUGCAACGAUAUAAUCAGAGAUUCGCAAUGGCUUCUGGAAGCAAAAGGAGUAGUAGCUCGCUGCCAGCAGGCUAUGUCGAGGACAAAUCCAAGGGGCCGAUGCUCCGGUUCCAGGAGUCGCUGCCUCGUCUACCUGUACCAACGCUCGAGGAGACUGCCGCCCGCUACCUGCGCACCCUGAAGCCUCUUCUGUCCAAGGAGGAGCUGGCAAACAGCACCAAGGCCGUCCAGGAGUUCGUCAAGCCCGGCGGUGUGGGCGCAAAGCUGCAGGAGAAGCUGAUCGCCCGCCGCGAGGACCCCAAGCACAAGAACUGGAUCUACGAGUGGUGGAACGAGGCCGCAUACCUGGCCUACCGUGACCCCGUCGUUCCCUACGUCAGCUACUUCUACUCGCACCGCGAUGACCGCCGCCGCAGGGACCCGGCCAAGCGUGCUGCCGCCAUCACCACCGCCGCACUCGAGUUCAAGAAGAUGGUCGACAGCGGCACCCUGGAGCCCGAGUACAUGAAGAAGCUGCCGAUCUGCAUGGACAGCUACAAGUGGAUGUUCAACGCCUCGCGCGUCGCCGCGAAGCCUGCCGACUACCCCGUCAAGUUCGAGGCUGCCCAACACAAGUACAUUGUGGCUAUCCGCAAGAACCGCUUCUACAAGAUCGAGCAUGAGGUUGGGGGCAGGCAGCUCAACACUUCGGAGCUUGAGGCCCAGUUCAGGCGCGUCUACGAACGGGCUGGCCAGGAGGCUAAAGCCGCACCCGCAGUCGGUGCUCUGACUUCUGAGAACCGCGAUGUGUGGACCGACGCUAGGGCGCUGCUCCUGUCCGCAGGCCCGGCCAACAAGGCCGCGCUGGAGACAAUUGAGGCCUCAUCCUUCAUCGUCUGCUUGGAUGAUGCGGCCCCUGUCACCCUCGAGGAGCGUGCGCACGCCUACUGGCACGGCGACGGCCAAAACAGGUGGUACGACAAGCCCCUGCAGUUCAUUGUGAACGACAACGGCACAUCCGGAUUCAUGGGCGAGCACAGCAUGAUGGACGGAACCCCGACACACAGGCUUAACGACUAUGUCAACGACGCAAUCGUCAACAACAAGCUCGACUUCUUGGACCCCUCUGUCCGCUCCGGACUCCCAGACCCCAGCCCCAUUCGCUUCACCGUGAACGAGGAGCUGCAGAGUGAGAUUGACCGAGCGAAGCGCGACUUUGAUGCCGUCAUUGGUCAGCACGAGCUUGCUGUUCAGUCUUACCAGGGAUACGGCAAGGGCCUGAUCAAGAAGUUCCGCUGCUCGCCUGACGCCUACGUCCAGAUGGUGAUCCAGCUGGCCUACCACAAGAUGUACGGCAAGAACCGCCCAACCUACGAGUCGGCCGCGACCAGGCGCUUCCAGCAGGGUAGGACCGAGACUUGCCGCUCCGUAAGCGAAGAGAGCGUGGCGUGGUGCAACGCCAUGGCCGACGCAUCGGCGCAGGAUGCCGACAAGGUCAAGCUCUUCCGUGCCGCCAUCGAUUCGCACGUCGAGUACAUCACAGCCGCUUCUGACGGCAAGGGUGUUGACAGGCACCUGUUUGGUCUGAAGCGCCUCCUCGAGCCCGGCCAAGCCGUCCCGGAGAUCUACAAGGACCCGGCCUACAGCUACUCGAGCAGCUGGUACCUGUCCACUUCCCAGCUCAGCUCCGAGUACUUCAACGGCUACGGGUGGAGUCAGGUCAUUGAUGCAGGUUUCGGUAUUGCCUACAUGAUCAACGAGAACAGCAUCAACUUCAACAUCGUCUCCAAGGGCCUCGCUAGCCAACGGAUGAGCUUUUACCUCAACGAGGCCGCCGGUGACAUGAGGGACCUCCUGAUGCCCACCAUUGAGGCUCCCAAGUCGAAGUUGUAGUAGGUCUGCUCGGACCACGUGGGGGGUGUUCCGGCUGGCAACGCGAGAUGCUUGCACGAAACCAUUAGCAUUGAACUGUUUUCAUCAUAAGAAAGGGUUUACACAAAGACAGCGCUGGGUUUCCUUUGACUUUCUUAUUUUUAUUUUUCCUGCUCUUAUUUUGGUCCUUGGGGCGGGGUAUUUUUGGAUAUCGGAGGGGGCGACCUUUUGCUUCUAUGUCCAACCAAGCCUUUGCUUUUUGUCGUUUGCUUCUAUUAAAAUCAUCUACUGUAGACAAGACGCACCAUGUAAAUCAUUAUUAUUCACAUUUGUCAGUUGAGAUUCUUAAAUGGUUUGGGAAAGAUGAGGCUUGUAUCAGUUGCAAACAAUAGACUUGAGCGAAUUCUGGGUGUCUCCUUUGAAAAGCAUGAAUAGCCACGAUUCUUAAAAUCAAUGUUGAGUGGUAUGAUUGUGCA